AUGGAUGAGACAAAGAUUGAAACUCCAUUUUUGAGAUACUUACUUUCCACCAAAGCAGCUGUAAACCUAUCCAAGGUAAGGGAAAGAUCGCUAAAUAUCGACGAUAUUACAAACACAGAAAAGGUAACAACAUACCAGACAAAAUAUGGACAAUUGGAAUUUGAUAUAGAGAGAGCACAAUAUGAUUCUCUGAAUCUCUUACGUCAGGAAUAUAAAGAAAAAGAAAUGAAACUACGGACGAGACGUUACAGUAUAGAUUUUGAUAAAGAACAAACGGGCUUAGAAACGAUAAAUUCUGCCAGAAAUGAGUCGGUAAAAAGUACCGGUACUGAUGGAAAUGAUGACAGUGUACAGGAAUUAAGAGAAAGACUUUUAGGUAAUAGACAGAAUAGAGUGGAUUUAGAUGAAAACGGGAUUGCGAAGUCUGUGGAUAAACAAAUUGAGGAUCAAGAUAAUAUGCAAAAUGAACUAGUUGAUAAUAUGAGUAAACUUGUUCGUAACUUAAAGGAAGGGGCAGUUGCGUUCCAAAAUGCUCUUGAUGAGGAUGAAAAGGUUCUGGGAGCGGCGGAGAUUGGGAUUCAAGUGGCAUCGAGAGGUCUCUUAGAUGUCACAGGUAAGUUGACUAAAUAUGACAAGAAGAAGCUUGGUUACAUGUUCUACAUAACUACAUUCCUAUUCAUGUUCAUUGGUCUAAUCCUGACCUUCGUAAUCAUCAAACUGUUCCCAGCAUUAUAG